UUCUGAGUGAAUGCCCUUUCCAGUUUCCUAACACACUGUAUAAAGUUCUCUUGCACUGUGAAAAGACAGUUUGUAUCUCUGCUUGAGAAAAGCUUCACGGGGUUAUAAACAUGAGCAGAAAUAGGGAAAGAGUCAUUGAAAUUAUAGAAAAUGUUUUUUCAGAGAAUGAAAAGACUUCCCCAGAAGAUCUGCUGUUUUCCUAUGAUGAUAUUCUGUAUCCUGCUGUGCUUAGCAGUCCAGAAACUUUGGAAGCUCUGAAAUCCUUUGAAACCAGGAGCACUGAUGUGAUUCUAGCAGGCUAUCCUAAAACAGGAACCAACUGGCUUGAACAAAUGGUGAGAGAGAUGGAAUCAACAGAUGCUAAAUAUACUGAAGAAGAAAUGAAAGAGAGAAUAAAUGCUGAAAAAGAGCUACAGAUGUUUCCACGUCUAGAGUUUGGAGAUCCUGGAGUAUUUGAGAGGAUGAAGAAGCUGCCUUCCCGAAGAAUCAUACUAACCCAUCUGCCGCCUCAUCUCCUGCCCCCAUCUCUUCUCCAAGGGAAGGCUAAGAUCCUUCUGCUGGUUCGGAAUCCCAAAGACACGGCUGUCUCCUAUUACCACUUUUACAACAACAUGCCAGUGCUGCCCUCCUUUGCUACCUGGGAUGAGUACUUUGCAGCUUUCAUGAAUGGGAAAUUGACUUGGGGGUCCUAUUUUGACCACUUAAUGGAAUGGAACAGACACAUCGACCACGAGAGGAUGGUGAUAAUUAGCUACGAGGAACUGAAAGAGAAUCCGGUACUGGGAAUGAAGAAGAUUGCUGCUUUCUUUGGAUUCUCCCUGAAUGAGGAAGAGUUUUCCAGAAUUGCCAAGAAAACCAGUUUCCAAGCUAUGAAGGAGAAGUCCAAGGAAACUCAUGGUAAAUUUGGGGACAUCCUCUUCCGUAAGGGGGUUGUUGGAAGCUGGAGAGACCUCUUCUCUGAAGUUCAGAAUGAAGAAAUGGACCAAAAAUUUGAAGAAUGUAUAGGAGGAACAAUUCUGGCAACGAAGAUUAAAUAUGAUCUGUACUGCAAGACCUGAAAAUGAGCAGAGGAUCAGUACUGCAGCAAGUGAUGGUCAAAGAUGGUCAGUCGCCAUGAGAAAAGAAAGAAACUCCUCAGAUAUUGAGCUUGUAUCUCUAAGUGUUUGGGCUGUGAUUCUUAGACUUGUGCUGGACCUUGCUUGAUGUAACCAAAUAAAAUGUUUGCAUUCCUUCA